AUUGUCGCCUGAUGGUUUGAUGGACAGGACGACUUAAACUAAAUACCGGAGAUAUUUAUUAAUCUUUUGUCUGGGGGGCUCCAUACAGACAUCAUAAGCUGAAGUAAUGGAGAAGUUGAGGCACAGGCAGCAGUUUGUGUUCAGCCUUCUGUUAUGGCUGUGGUUUCCUAAUUGUUCAGCUCAAACCACAGCGGCAAACAGAGCCAACCUGGCACCUACCCCGUCUUUAUCCCCUCAGACUGAAAGGCUUAAAGUCCGACUAUCUGGAUACCCCCGAAAACACAACGAGGGGCGGAUAGAGCUGUUCUACAAAGGAGAGUGGGGAACCAUCUGUGAUGAUGACUUCUCUAUAGCCAAUGCCAACGUGCUCUGUCGCCAGCUGGGCUUUGUCUCGGCUACAGGAUGGACCCACAGCGCUAAAUACGGCAAAGGCCAAGGAAAAAUCUGGCUGGACAACGUGUUGUGCAACGGCGGUGAGAAGAGCAUUGAAUUCUGCAAGUCUCGCGGCUGGGGCAACAGUGACUGCACUCAUGAUGAAGAUGCUGGAGUUGUUUGCAGAGACGAGAGGAUCCCUGGCUUUGUGGACCCAAAUGUUAUAGAUGCRCAAGUCGAUGAGAACAAAGUGGAGGAGGUGCGACUCCGUCCUGUCGUCGUCACGACCAAGAAGAAGCUGCCCAUUACCGAGGGCGUGGUGGAGGUGAAGCGCAAAGAUGGCUGGGCUCAGAUCUGUGACCUGGGCUGGACCAUCAAAAACACCCGCGUGGUUUGCGGCAUGCUGGGAUUCCCACAUGAAAGGAAGGUCAACAAGAACUUUUACAAAAGUCUGAAAAAGCGAGCAGCUGAGAAGGUCUCCAGUCCAAAGGUCACUGUGUCAUCCGGUGGAAGGCUGUCAUCCAAAGCUAAAGCUAACUCUAAGUCUAAACAGAGUGGUCCCGUCAAAAGGUUAUAUUUGGAGCGUCAGAAGAACAACUUCUUCAUUCACUCUGUGGCAUGCACAGGCACCGAGGUCCAUCUGGCAGCCUGCCCCAUGGAGUUCAGCAAGCCAAAUGCCACAUCGACCUGCACAGGCGGCAUGCCGGCUGUUGUCAGCUGCAUGCCGGGCCCUCAGUUCCUGCAGAACAGCAGCUUAAAAAAGAAAGUUAAAAUUUCGAGUAACGUGAGACUGAAAGGAGGCGCGAGGCUGGGAGAAGGCCGGGUCGAGGUGCUGAGAGACAGCGAGUGGGGGACGGUUUGUGACGACCGCUGGAACCUGCUGUCAGCCAGUGUCGUUUGCAGGGAGCUUGGCUUCGGCAGUGCAAAGGAAGCUCUUAAUGGUGCACGAAUGGGUCAAGGAAUUGGUCCGAUUCACAUGAACGAGGUGAAGUGUCUCGGACAAGAGAAGUCCAUCUGGAACUGUCCGUUUAAAAACAUCACAUCAGAAGACUGUCAGCACGUGGAGGAUGCUGCGGUUCGCUGCAACGUGCCUUACAUGGGCUUGGAGAGCUUGAUCCGGAUCACAGGAGGACGAACCCGCUCUGAGGGCCGUGUUGAGGUGCUGAGCUCAGACUCUAAUGGCACACAGAGCUGGGGUUUGAUCUGUGGUGAGAACUGGACCACCAGAGAAGCCUCAGUGGCCUGCAGGCAGCUGGGCCUGGGCUACGCUAACCAGGGCCUGCAACCACUAUCACAGCAUGGAUAUCUUCACUCACUAUGACCUGCUGAAUGCAAAUGGUACGAAGGUGGCAGAGGGCCACAAAGCCAGUUUCUGCCUCGAGGACACAGACUGUCAAGAGGGUGUUUCUAAACGAUACGAGUGUGCCAACUUUGGCGAUCAGGGCAUCACCGUGGGCUGCUGGGAUCAGUACCGACAUGACAUCGACUGCCAGUGGAUCGACAUCACAGAUGUCAAGCCUGGAAACUACAUCAUGCAGGUUGUGAUCAAUCCAAAUCACGAAGUGGCUGAGAGCGACUUCACCAACAACGCCAUGAAAUGUAACUGCAAAUAUGACGGGCAUCGGAUCUGGUUCCAUAACUGCCACAUUGGUGAUGCCCUCAGUGAGGAGGCAGAGAGGAGGUUUGAAAAAUAUCCUGGACAGUUGAACAACAGGAUUUCCUAAUCAACAACCUUUGACUUAACAACAUGACAAAGUGCUGAUUGAAACAGAAACCAAACUAGCUCAGGCAAAAAGACAAAACUCUGUUUUUAGGUGCUGAAAUGAUUUCCUACCACAUUAUUUUUAUUUAGUAUGUUUUGUUAAUAUACUUGAAGUGGAGCAUUGGGUUUCUCUUACCAGCACGAGCUUCUUCUUUUUUUAAAUUUAGAUUUUAUAAAGCCAUACAGUCUGUGUAUGACAAAUGUACAGCUAUCUUUUUUUUUUGCAUUUUAGAUCCUGAAUGAAGCUGUAGUUUUUUUAAUUUUCAAAUAUAAGCCCAAUUCCAAAAGGUUGAGAUGUUUAAAAUUAAACAAAAACAGAAUACAAUAAUUUACAAUUCUCAUUAACCCAUAUUUUCUUCACAAUGCAACAUAGUACACAUAAAAUAAGUGGUACAAAUAA